UGGAUGGGCGAGGGCGGAGCUUGCGCUCACUUCCGCCUGGCGCGGGCUUGGAUGGAGGCGGCGCGGAGGCCGCGGCUGGGGCUGAGCCGUCGGAGGCCGCCUCCGGCAGGCGGGCCUUCUGGCAGCCGCCCCUGGUUUCUCCUGGGGGGUGAUGAGCGAGAACGGCUCUGGGCCGAGCUGCUGCGCACGGUGAGCCCAGAGCUGAUCCUGGACCACGAGGUGCCUCCACUGCCCGCCUUCCCUGGACAGGAGCCCAGGUGCGGCCCGGAGCCCACUGAAGUCUUCACUGUCGGACCCAAGACCUUUUCCUGGACACCCUUUCCGCCGGACCUGUGGGGCCCGGGCCGCUCCUACCGGCUGCUUCGCGGGACAGGAGGGCACCUGGAAUCCCCCGCCAGGUCCCUGCCACAGCGCCCGGCACCUGAUCCCUGCAGGGCCCCCAGGGUGGAGCAGCAGCCGUCUGUGGAGGGUGCUGCGGCCCUGCGCAGCUGCCCCAUGUGCCAGAAGGAGUUCGCCCCCAGGCUGACCCAGCUGGAUGUUGACAGCCACCUGGCACAGUGCUUGGCUGAAAGCACAGAAGACGUGAUAUGGUGAGCGCCAUCCUUAGAGCCCUGCGCAGUGUGUGAUGCCCGGACACGCUCUCCCCCGCCAGAAGCCCCGCCUCUCGGCUCCCCCGCAUGCGCAUUAAAGCAGGGUGGGCGCCUGUCUGUCUCUCUUCCUGUUGUGUUGAAA